AAUAAAAAGUGACGAAAUCGGUCUCCUUGAAAAAAUUCUUUGUGCGCAAUGCAUUAGUAAAAUUCUAUUUGCCGGUAAAUGUAUACAGUGUGCUCUUUAAAAAAGUCUAUGAAAACGUUAUCUAUAUUGCUAUAGUAUUUAUUGUAACUAGCACUGCGAUUGAAUGCGGCAACUGAACUAUUACAUUUCACAUACUUUAUCUAUGUUGCUUCAGUUUAUUUAAAUUCUUAAUUUAGUAGCUGAAUUAUGGAUUUUUCUUCAGUUCUACUUGAAGGUGCUUUUGUUGCAGCUGAUGUUUGUUUAUUAGGACUAUUUUACAAAUUGUAUAAAGAUAAAGUCAAUCAAUUGCAUUCUUUAGAGAUAGUACGCCAUUUAGAAAUAAAUAGUGACUUACCAAAACAAGUAGAAAGUGCUGGAGGAGUAAUACCUUAUGCUGCAAUAUGUGGGAAUAUAAAGUCGUUAGCAACACCACUUAGAAGUCAUCACUUCACACAUCUUCGUGGAGUUAUUUACACACGACUCAUCAAAGAACGGCAAAUUAGGUGGAAUCCACUCUUCAGUGCAUGGGGGACUACCGAAAUUGAUGUAGAAAAAGAGGUUCUGAAUAUACCUUUUGGACUGGCUGGUGGUACUUUUUUUAAAAAGCAAAUUGUAGAAGUUGUUAAUCCAUUGUCUGCUAAAGAAUUAUCUUUAUUUGAUGUGUAUGAUGACUUCAAGUGGAAAAAAGAAAGCUUGUCUGAUACUGUGAUAGGAUACUUUCGCGGUGAACAUACACUCGGCACUCACGAAGUUGAACGUAUUUUGCCAGAAGAAAUCCCAUUAACUGCAGUUGGAAAACUAGCUAUUGAAAAUGGGAAAUUGAAAAUAAUGCCACCUAAAGAUGGAUUGACUUAUUUUUUAACCGCAAGUACCUUUGAUACUUUAAUAGAUAAGAUCAGAAGUUUAGCAUUUUUAUACAAAGGAUUUCUAUAUUUGAUAGGAGCUGGAACCGUAAUAUUAGUGGUUUAUAAUUUUAAGAGGAUAUUUGUAGCUGUUAAACAGUGGAGAGAUCGUAAGAAGCAAAUGAAAAGGUUUGAGGAAGCUCGGAGAUUAAACGCCUCUCGUCCCAAACAAGAUAAUGAACCUAGCUGUGUUGUUUGUUUAGAAAAUGCUGUGGAAGUUAUGAUUUUAGAAUGUGGACACAUGUGUUUAUGUUUAAAUUGUUCAGAACAUGUGAAUGGACGUUGUCCUGUUUGUAGAGCAGAAGUAAGAAGAUUUGUGCCUGGUUUUUUACCUUGAAAAAAAGGUUAAAAGUAUUUAUAGAUGUGUUGAAAUAAAACAAAUUUUUUUAAAACACAUUGAUUUGAUUUCGAUAUUCUACAAUCGAUGUAUAAUUUAUAUCCUUUACUGUGAUAGGAUGCUGUUAGUAGCUUUAAAGAGAGACAUUACAACCAACUAAGUGUGUAAUUUUUGUUUUCAUCUAGCAAAAAAUAAAGUUUCUACAUGUUAUUGCAA